AUGGCUAUGGCUUCUUUUACUCAGCUAUCAUCUUCUUCUUCUUCGCCUUUGUUUCACCCUCAAAUUACCAAAACGCCAUUCCUUCUCCCGGCGGCGAAGAUCGGCCGUCAUGGUUUCUCUUUCUCUCUCUCGUUAUCCCGUCGUUCUUCUUCAGUCUCGGCUUUAGCUGCUUCUUCUCCCGCCGUCGGCGUCAAUGCACCGGUGACUUCGGAGAAAUCAGUCAGAACUCUUCCGUUUAGAGUCGGUCACGGUUUCGAUCUGCAUCGGUUAGAGCCAGGUUACCCUCUGAUCAUCGGCGGGAUUGAUAUCCCUCACGAUAGAGGCUGCGAAGCUCACUCCGAUGGUGAUGUGUUGCUUCACUGUGUGGUGGAUGCAAUUCUGGGAGCUUUAGGGCUUCCUGAUAUCGGUCAGAUUUUCCCUGAUAAUGAUCCUAAGUGGAAAGGAGCUGCUUCAUCUGUCUUCAUCAAAGAAGCUGUGAGACUCAUGGACGAGGCUGGUUACGAGAUAGGAAACCUAGACGCGACAUUGAUUCUACAGAGACCAAAGAUAAGUCCACACAAGGAGAACAUCAGAGCCAAUCUGUCUCAGCUUCUUGGAGCAGACCCUUCCGUGGUGAACCUUAAAGCCAAAACCCAUGAGAAAGUUGAUAGUCUCGGAGAAAACAGAAGCAUUGCUGCUCACACUGUUGUUCUUUUGAUGAAGAAGUGA